GUUCUUCCUCUUCUUUCUUCUUCUUCUUUCCUCUCUCUUCUGUCACUCUCUCCCUCUCUCCAAUGAAACCCCUCGCUCCCCUCAUCCUUUCCCUCCUCUUUCUCACCUCCCAAACAGUCCUUUCCUUCAAACGAGAAGAAUUCCGCAACUGCCACCAAACUCCCUUCUGCAAACGCGCUCGUUCUCGCUCCCCCGGCGCGUGCACUCUAACCCCUCACAGCAUCUCCAUCUCCAACGGCGACCUAACCGCUAAACUACUCUCUAAAACUGAUGAACAAAUCCGACCCUUGAUUCUCUCCCUCUCCGUCUACCAAGAUGGAAUCCUACGUCUCAAAAUCGACGAAGAUUACAACCACCCGGACCCACCUGUUCCUAAACGACGGUUUCAGGUCCCUGAUGUCGUCCUUCCAGAGUUCGAAUCUAACAAGCUCUGGCUCCAACGACUCUCAACGGAAACUGUGGACGGCGAAUCCUCUCCAUCAACGGUUGUUUACUUAUCUGAUGGGUACGACGCCGUUCUCCGUCACGAUCCGUUUGAGAUCUACAUUCGUGAUAAGAAGUCGGGUAAUCAGAAAUUAAUUUCGCUAAACUCUCAUCAGUUAUUUGAUUUCGAGCAAUUGAGAGUGAAACAAGAAAAGCAAGAUAGCGAUAAUAAUGAGGAUAGUGGUAGUGAUGAUAAUUGGGAGGAGAGAUUUAGGUCUCAUACUGAUACGAGACCUUAUGGGCCACAAUCGAUUAGCUUUGAUGUUUCAUUUUAUAAUGCUGAAUUUGUUUCGGGGAUUCCGGAACACGCAACGAGUUUGGCGUUGAAGCCGACUAGAGGGCCGGGAGUUGAGAAAGAUUCGGAGCCAUAUAGGCUGUUUAAUUUGGAUGUGUUUGAGUAUUUGAACGAGUCUCCGUUUGGAUUGUAUGGGUCGAUUCCUUUGAUGAUUUCGCAUGGUAAAGAAGGGAGGAGUGCGGGGUUCUUUUGGUUGAAUGCUGCGGAAAUGCAGAUUGACGUGUUAGGAGAUGGGUGGGAUGCGGAGUCUGGGAUCGAGUUGGUUAAGCAGAAGAGUAUUGAUACGUUUUGGAUGAGUGAGGCGGGGAUUGUGGAUGCGUUUUUCUUUGUUGGUCCGGAACCAAAAGAUGUUGUGAAACAGUAUACGAGUGUAACAGGGAGACCUUCGAUGCCACAGUUGUUUUCCAUUGCCUAUCAUCAAUGUAGGUGGAAUUAUAGGGAUGAAGAGGAUGUGGAGAAUGUGGAUGCAAAAUUUGAUGAGCAUGAUAUUCCAUAUGAUGUUUUGUGGCUUGAUAUUGAGCAUACAGAUGGUAAAAGGUAUUUUACAUGGGAUCCGGUGUUGUUUCCAAACCCAGAGGAGAUGCAAAAGAAGUUGGCAGCCAAAGGGAGGCAUAUGGUGACUAUUGUGGAUCCUCAUAUUAAGAGGGAUGAUUCCUUUAGGUUGCACAAGGAGGCUACUGAGAAAGGAUAUUAUGUAAAGGAUGCAAGUGGAAAGGAUUUUGAUGGGUGGUGCUGGCCUGGGUCAUCUUCUUAUUUGGAUAUGGUUAAUCCAGAGAUUAGGUCGUGGUGGGGUGAUAAGUUCUCGUAUGAAAAUUAUGUUGGUUCAACUCCUUCAUUAUAUAUUUGGAAUGAUAUGAAUGAGCCUUCUGUGUUCAAUGGUCCAGAGGUCUCAAUGCCAAGAGAUGCUUUACACCAUGAAGGCAUUGAACACCGGGAGUUGCAUAAUGCCUAUGGCUACUACUUCCACAUGGCAACAUCUAAUGGUCUUCUAAAACGUGGGGGUGGGAAUGACAGACCUUUUGUUUUGUCAAGAGCCUUCUUCCCAGGGAGUCAAAGAUACGGAUCUGUUUGGACAGGAGAUAACACAGCAGAUUGGGAUCACCUGAGGGUUUCAGUUCCAAUGAUCUUGACACUUGGUCUCUCUGGAAUUUCAUUCUCUGGUGCGGAUGUUGGUGGGUUCUUUGGCAACCCAGAGCCUGAGUUAUUAGUUCGCUGGUAUCAACUUGGUGCCUUCUAUCCUUUCUUCAGGGCCCAUGCCCAUCAGGACACCAAAAGACGAGAACCUUGGUUAUUUGGAGAGAAAAACACACGGCUAAUAAGAGAGGCCAUACGUGUUCGGUACAUGUUGCUCCCUUAUUUCUACACAUUAUUUAGAGAGGCAAACACUACUGGCCUUCCUGUCAUGCGCCCCUUGUGGAUGGAAUUUCCUUCUGAUGAAAUUACUUUCAGCAAUGAUGAGGCUUUCAUGGUUGGAAGCAGUCUCCUGGUGCAAGGAAUCUACACUGAGCGAGCAAAAUACACAUCUGUUUACCUGCCUGGGAAAGAAUUAUGGUAUGACAUUAGAACUGGAGCUGCAUACAAGGGAGGCAAAACCCACAAGCUGGAGGCCAAAGAGGAAAGUGUUCCUGCUUUUCAAAGGGCUGGAACUAUUAUACCCAGGAAAGACCGGCUUCGUCGAAGCUCCACGCAGAUGGUGAAUGAUCCUUAUACACUGGUGAUAGCUCUAAACAGUUCUCAAGCAGCUGAAGGCGAGCUCUACAUCGAUGAUGGAAAAAGCUAUGAAUUUUUGCAAGGGGCUUACAUCCAUCGCCGUUUUGUCUUUGCUAAUGGAAAGCUUACAUCCAUAAAUCUGGCCCCCUCCAGCAGUAGCAAAUCCCAAUUUUCAUCAAAGAGCAUCCUCGAAAGGAUUAUACUGCUAGGUUACUCUCCUGGACCAAAGAAUGCUCUCAUUGAACCGGCAAAUCAGGAGGUCGAAGUUGAACUCGGGCCCCUUAUGCUUGAAGGGGGGCGUGGAUCUUCUGUAGUAACCAUCCGCAAACCAGCUGUCCAAGUUUCCGAUGACUGGACAAUAAAAAUUUUGUAAGAACAAUCCAAGUUCCACAAAACUUUCCCUGGAGGAUAGAAAAAUUCCCCCAGUUGUUAGAAUAUUGUAGUGAACUCCUAGAUUGGACUAAUAUUCAUAAAUUCAGUUGUCAUGAGAAAUAUAUAAGCAUGCUAAUUUGUUCGUCC